AUGAACGCGGUGGAAGCUAUGUCGCUCCCCGUCCGCGAGUGCGGCGUUGGCCCCACAUCAGCGGAGAACGCUUCCCCCUGGCUUCCGCCAUCAGCUUCCGCCGUACGCAGCCUGCACGCGGAAGUCGUUCGGCGGAAGGCAUCCUCGUCGAACAACAUGGACAAGGAGUGGGGCGAUGACCCCGCGCUCGCGGACGGUGCAUGCGCGCACGCCGGGGAAGGCGCAAGCACCACGGGAGAGACCGACGGGUCCCGCGUCAGCCGCAGAAGCGCGUUUCUCCGCCUCUUGCGCGGGCGGACCGGAAGUACCCCCCCCGAACCAGGUAACGCCACGAGCGCCCCCCCUGCGCGCACUUCCGCCGACCUCUUCCGCUUCCGCCGCUCGCGGGGCGAAGGGCGGUCGACGGCAUCGCGGGAAAAAACCCCUCCCAAGAUCGGCGGCGACGCCACCGCCACCAGUUCCGCAGGAGCAGGGGGAGGAGCGGAAGGAGGGCGGUUGACGACAUCGCGGGAAAAAAACCUUCCCAAGAUCGGCGCGGACGCCACUAGUUCCGCAGCAGCAGGGGGCGCAGCGGAAGGAGUGCGGGAGGGAGGAGGACGCGGAGGGGGCGGGGGCGGGGCCGGGGGCGAAGAGGGAGCAGCGGGAGCAGGUGGAGCGGGGGAGCGCGCCUUGCCCCUCGCCACAACCCCCGGCUCCAAUGAGGCCGCCCCGCCGCCUGGAUCUAAAGUAGCUUCUAAGGCGCCUCGAAAAUCAGGAACUGCGGUACCAACCUUGCCGUCUGAUGCGGGAAAGGGAUCCUCUUCGACUGACGGGCUCCCGGCGGCCGCAGAUGGACACGUGGAUGGCGGUGACGGUGAUGACGUGUCAAGCUUUGCGGGGUUCCACGUGGCAGCUGGUACUUCCUCAUCGAGGGGUAAAGCGCCAACCCUGAAAGAGGAAUUGGCCUUGGAAGGCGUUUCUCCACGUUCCCCCGCCCUCCCCUCUCCUUCCGCCUUCCCCGCUUCUUCCGCGUCCCCCACUUCUUCCGCCAUCCCCGCCGCUCCUUCCCCGUCUUCAGCCUCGGCGCAUUCGCCCGCCCCCCGGCCUCGAAUCGCGCGAUCCGCCUCCGUCAAUGCGCAGACCCGCCGUUAUCCCCCUCCCAUGAGCGGAUAUUCCGGCCACAUCCUUCCGCGUCGGCGGAAUCACACGGCUUCUACCACUGACACUAACCGUAACGUUAACGUUAAUAUUGACGGUGACGACGAGGAUGAUGACGAAGACGGAGUGGUGAUGGCGCGGCCCGUGCUGCGGAGAGGCGCAAAUCGCGGAGGUUCCGCGGACCUUGCGCCGUCCGCAGAGCGGCAGUUGGUGGCCGCGGCGGCGGAUAUGCUCCGCGGAUUGGGCGGCGGGGCGCAGCAGACCGGGGGAGUCGGAGGCGCGGGCAACUUACACCGCGCAGCUUCGCCACGUGGAAUCCCUCCUGCUGGAAAGUUUUCUCCUCGCGAGAGUCGAGACGGCUUACAACGAGGCAGCUUACAGCGAGGCGGUGUCCGCAGCGGCAGCAGCAGCAACAGCAGCAGCGCGAACAGCAGCUAUAGGGAGAGACCUCAUGCUAAGAACGGCGGGGGAGGUCCCGAGGGUGCAUCCGCGAUAAGAAGGCUCUCGAUAGAGGUGCAAGAGAAGCUGAAGCAUCUGCAAGUGUCGUUUGAUGAUCCCGCGCCCGAAGCCGACUCGGACGUCGCGAGCCCUUAUGACGAGGGUGCUUACAACGAGACUGCUUAUAACGAGGGUGCUUAUGGCGGAGGGGAAGGGCUUGAUCCUGCUGCGGGAACUAAAGCUUCAGCGAUUAAUGCGGGUCCAAUGGGGAACGCGCCGCUGCCUUCACCAUCACCCGCCUCCUCCGCUUCUCAAGAGCGCUCCCCCCAGUCCCCCUCCCCAUUCUCCCCCCACGCGCCCCACCCUCCACUCUCCUCCUCCCCUCUCGGCGCACCCGCUUCUUCCCCUUUCCGCCGUCGUCGCGCCCGGUUUCCUUCUCCUUCCGCCUCCCCCCACGCCGGCAUGCCUUCCCCCUCCGCUUCCCCCCACGGACGUAUGCCUUCCCCCUCCGCCUCCCUUCACGCGCCCCCCGCUUCCCCCCGCACCUUUGCCCCACCAGCCUCUCCCAACACUCUUCCCCGGUCGUCCUCCCCCCACGCUCCCCCAUCCGCCUCCCCCCGCGCCCCAGUGUCCCCAAUGCCCCCUUCCCCCUGCUCGCCUCCUCCCCAGCCCAAUCCCCUACCUUCCCCUGCCCCGUCCCCUCCGCCCCCUUCCCCUCCCGCCCCUUCCCCCACACGCCCCCACAUGUCCCCCUCCAAGCCCCCGCGCUCCCCCACCCGUUCCCCCGCGCUCUCCCCCUCCUCGUCCCGCCGCUCCCCCUGCGCCUCCCCCAUCCCCCGGUCGCAGUCUUCUUUCCAGAACGCCUUUCCUUCCCCCAAGCCCUCCCACGGCCGCCGCCAAUCUCUCGACUUCAGCCAAUACUCUCCCUCCCUGCCCCACCAAGGGUUUGCCUCACAUACCGAUGGUAUUGGUAUGGGGACAGGUAUGGGGGCUGGUAUGGGGGCAGGUAUGGGAGGUAUGGGGGCAGGAACGGGUGCGGCAAUGGGUAUGGGUAGUGGUGUGGGUACUGGUAUGGCUGCUGGUGUGGGUACUGGAAUGUUCCAAGGUCUAGGUCAGGGGCAUCAGAGGUCUGCCUCUGACUCAACUCCUGAAAGUGACUCCACCGAUCUCUACCCCCCCGCACACAACCUCAUCCCUCCGUACCUUCCCAACUCUACCAUCCCGUUCGCCGCCACCACCACCCCAGAAAACAACCCCCGAGAGAAUGCGCCGUUCCACGCUCCCUACCUCCCUUCCUCACCGUCCCACCCUCUCAUCGCUCCACCGGGACAGAGCGUGGCGGGAAUGGGUAUGGGUAUGGAGCAGACCGAAGGGGUGUUCGAACGGUCCCAGAGUGCGGACUUCGAGGGAAGAGUGGCUGUGAAUGUGACGGGCGAAAGGGUGCGGGCGGGGAGCGGACGGCGUGUCACGCGGAGAAACUCGGUCGAUGUGGGGACGCUGGGAGGCCGAUCGAGCUUGGGGAGUGCUGCUGAGAUGGGAAUGCGGAUGGGGGGGAUGCAGGAGAUGGGAGGGCAGGAGAUGGGAGGGCAGGAGAGGGGUUCAAAGAGUCCUAUCAAGUCGUGCUUGUCCCCGGCGAAUGGAGUGGGAGGCACGAAGCUGAAGAAGCAGGUGUCGUUUAACCGUGUGGUUCGCGUGCGGAGGUUCCCGUCAUGUGAUGCUAGCAUUGGUCAAUGA